AUGACCCAACGCGUCGACGCUGCCAUGAUGGAAGUGAUGGAGAAGCUGCAGCUUAUCAUUCAGCAUCUGCAAAAGUACGAGCUGAACGGAUCUUGCAAUAAGAUUGCUAAGUGCACAAACGAUAUUGUGGCUGCAUUUAUGGAGGCUGCAGUUAGCCUUCCACAAGACCAGAUGGAGAUUAGAACCAAUCUCAGAGCGGAGAGAGGAGGCGACAGAAAGCAGAAGGAUACAGCGGAAAAAGUUACGCCCAAAGGAAACGAGGUCAUGGCUGGCGUUUUUGCUAAUCCAAAUCAGCUCUCCGUUCGCCAGGCUAAUACGUGGGCCAGGGUGAUAGGGGAUGGAGUGGAGAUUCACCCCGACACCCCAGUCCCGGCCAUGGCCCUACGGGCCAAAGUCGCCUAUUCAGUGGACCAAGUCAUUCCGCCCUGUGGUGGUCCAGCUCGAUUCGAGGUCAAGCCCGUAGAGCCCAAGGCUAGCACAUUGAAAGUGAUUGGAGCCUUUCCACGAGGAAUAUUGAGCUUCCUCACAUCCAAGAUCCGCGAAGGUCCACUGUACAAGGUCGACAUAAACGCUGUCGAGGGAUAUGCUGAGAUCACGUUCCAGCAGUCUGAGCAAGCAGCUAACUUCAUCGAGGGAGACCGAGUUAUGCACUCUAAGCAUGGAUAUGGUCGUUUUGGGCCAGCAUAUUCGAUCGUUGGCGUUACGGAAUUUGAGUGGGAUGCUGAUAUCCGUAGGAUGGCUCAGCAGCCACGGGAGCGUCGUCGGUUGACCUUCGCCAGAGCCAGGCUAAUUGGAAAUAACAUGAACUUUACGCAAUUUCAGGCGUAUGUUGCUGCUGUGGCUGGUGGAGCUGAUGCCAUUGAUAUUGCAUGGGCUUAUAACACCGGUAAUGUGACUAUGGCCUUCAAGAGCGUGAGAGCCGCUAGAUUGGUGAGACAGCACUUUGUAGAACAGUCGAUCAAGGAGGGCCCCUUCAAGAACGUCCAAGUCACAUUUUCAACAGACCCGUGCGAGAAACCGUUAUUCCUAGGCACACAGAUGUCAGCAGCUACCAACAAUACGGCCUUCAACAACCAUUGGGUCGACAGCCAGAAGAUAGAGAAUGUGCAGGCGAAUAUCAAGAAGAUUAUCAACCAGCCCGAAACUAAGCCAAAGGUGAACUCUCAACCAUUGAAAGCUCAACGAGUUAACAAGCAGCAGCCGAGUACCCAGCAGUCAAAGGUUACGAAGGGAGGUAACCAGAAGGCCAACGACGAGAAGGCGGAUCCCCCAAAGUACAAGACUAUUCGGAGAGGUGGUGUCCGCCGGACCAGACGAGUGUAUGAUUGA